UAUCUGUGGUCAGAAAUUUCGACAAGAGACAGGUCUAAUAAGCGUGAGAAUUAUCGUAGGAAAAAAUAAAGGAUUUGAAGUGCAUCUGAUCAAACUAUAUAACCUGUCGAAAUAUUGUUUGUUUUUUUAAACAAUUCUAAAGACAAAUUGUUCGAAAAUGUCGAAGAAGUUUCAGGGUAAACCUUCAUGGAAAAACCAAUACAGUGAACAUGAUUUCCGUUCCUCUGGUGGGGAAAGGCGAGUCAGUUUCAAAACUUCAAAAUUUAAGAAGAACAAAGGAAAUGCAAAAGAUUGGAGUUCUUCUGUUAGGGCACAUUUAUAUGAUGAGGAUAUUGACAUUGAUAUGGGUGCCAGCGGACCAAGUAAAACCAAUAAUAGAUACAAUAAGAAGGGAAAUAGGUCUGGUUCACCCGCACCUAAACAUUCCAAAAAGAAACUAUGGGAGGGACCUACUAGCUGGUACCGAGUAACUCUGCCAUUUGGAAAUAAAUAUGACAAACAAUUUAUUCAACAAACACUUUUAGAUAAUCUUAAUCCUCUCACAUUUUGGCCAAUAUCGUGGAAAACAAAUGGAAAUAUUGCUACAUUCUAUGUAGAUGAAUUCAAAGUUGCUGAAAAGCUCCAUUCCUUAGACCAUGCCAUUCAAAUGCCGGAUGGAUUCAAAAUGAUCAUAAAAGUAAAUUAUGGCUCACCAAAUGUAAAUAUUACUACUGAAUUGAAAGAAAAAAUGAAACUUGCCAUGGCUAGCAGAUAUAACGCAGUGAAUAAGGCUUUGGACUUGACUAAAUUCCAUGCUGAUCCUCUAUUGCAAGACUAUUUUUGUGCACUCUUCAAACCGAUUAUACUUUUAGCAGUUAUUGAUAUAAUCGCAGAGAAUAUACCAGACUUGGAAGCGUUGAAUUUGAAUGAUAAUAAAAUUCAAAUAUUAACAUUCUUACAGAAAUUCACUUCCAAACUAGACAAAGUUAAAAUUUUAUAUUUAGGACAAAAUAAGAUAAGGGACAUUGGAAUGCUAGAUUCUUUGAAGGGAUUGCCACUGGUAGAACUAUUCUUAGAUGGUAACCCUCUCUGUGAUAAAUUCAAAGAUAAAUCUAUUUAUAUAAGUGAAGUCAGGGCCAGGUUUCCGAAAGUUAUGAAGUUGGAUGGAUUGGAUCUACCACCACCGAUUAGUUUCGACUUGGCUGACGAAAGUACCCUGCCCACAGCACUUCAAACGUUUCUAUGCGAUUCCAAUGCGGGAUCGAUAAUACGACAAUUUCUUGAACAGUAUUUCACAUUAUUUGAUAGUGAUGAUAGGCAAAUGCUGAUACAAGCCUACCAUGAAAAAGCAACUUUUUCAAUGACGAUGGCAUAUCCUUAUGGAACCAAGGAUAAAAGUGUAAAUUGGCUCAAUUGGUACAACACCGACAAUAGGAAUCUUCUAAGGGUGUCCGAUCCGGACAGAAGAUUCAAACUUUUGAAUCAAGGAAAUGUUUCCAUUGUUUCUUUUCUGAAAGAAAUGCCGAUGACCUCCCACGAUUUGUUGAAUUUUCAAGUCGAUCUUACAAUAUGCAAUCCAUUAAUGAUGAGUUUUAAAGUAGCUGGUCCUUUCAAAGAAUUGAAAGGUGGUCACAAAAAUACACCAGUGCGAUGGUUCUCCAGAGCUUUCGUGAUUGUUCCAGUUGGUUCGGGAUUUUGUAUAAGUAAUGAGAUGCUCCAUGUGACCAAUGCAACCGAAGAACAGAUAAGGGCAUUAAAAUCAUCAACUCCAACACCAGUUGCCGCGAUAGCAAAUUCUUCCACAGUGGCAGCUACACCUUCAACAGUUUCAUCUCCCGCAGUGGGGGCCUCUCCAGUGGUAGUUGCAUCCCCAGUAACUCCUGUGGUUAACACAAUCGAUGACAACACAAAGCAGCAGAUGUUGCAAGCCCUCAUGGUACAUUCUGGGAUGAACGUGGAAUGGGCAACAAAAUGUUUACAAGAAACUGAUUGGAAUUUUGAGAAGGCAACAACAAUCUUCAACGAAAUAAAUAGCCAAGGCAGAAUACCUGCAGAAGCGUUUGUGAAAACUGAGAAUCUUUGAUUUUGUAGAUUUGUAUAUAAUUAUUUCAAUAAUGUUAUUAUAUAACUUAAAAAUAAACUGCCUAUAUUUUUGCAA